AUGGCCGAAACAGAAUCAUUUUAUAACCGCACGACGACCGAGCGUGCCAACAAGCCAAAAGCUUCAUCUAUUGGUUACUAUGACCUUGAGAAGAAUAUUGGUGAAGGAAACUUUGCAAAAGUGAGGCUUGCUACACAUAUUUUGACUUCUCAAAAGGUAGCUGUCAAGAUCAUUGAUAAAACCAAAUUAGACAAAGCCACAUCCAAAAAACUAUUUCGUGAAGUACGCAUAAUGAAGCUCCUCAAUCACAAAAACAUUGUGCGCCUUUACGAGGUAAUUGAUACUCCAGACGAGCUUUAUCUUAUUAUGGAAUACGUAUCAGGUGGUGAAAUAUUUGAUUACCUUGUGGCACAUGGGAGAAUGAAAGAAAAGGAAGCUCGUAAACACUUUCGUGAGAUUGUCUCGGCAUUGGGAUAUUGUCAUGCCAUGCAUGUAAUUCAUCGUGACUUGAAAGCCGAAAACCUUUUGCUUGAUGCCAACAUGAAUGUCAAGGUUGCAGAUUUUGGGUUUUCAAACCAGUUUGCUCCCGGACAAAGAUUGAAUACGUGGUGUGGGUCUCCACCUUAUGCCGCUCCAGAACUUUUUCAAGGAAAAGAAUAUUCUGGGCCAGAGGUUGAUGUGUGGUCCAUGGGCGUGGUUUUGUAUGUACUCGUAUGUGGCUCGCUGCCAUUUGAUGGAUCCAAUCUGGCAAAGCUGCGUGCUCGCGUGAUUUCGGGAAAGUUUAAAGUGCCAUUCUACAUGUCACCAGAUUGUGAACGUCUAAUCAAAAAAAUGCUGGUAAUUGAUCCAACUAAACGAAUUACUCUGGAUCAGAUUCUGCAAGAUAAGUGGUAUACAGAAGGUUACGAAAACGAAGUUUCUGAACCAUCUCCCGCACUGACAUUUACUCUGACACCCGAACAACAUCGAAUGGUUCUUGACGAACUUGAAGAAAUUGGUUUGGAAAGGCAAAGCGUCGAGAAAUCGCUGCAGGAUGGAGAUUACGAUCCACUAGCUGCCACAUAUUAUCUUGUAGCUGAUAAGAGAUUCCGA